AUGACACACGUAACUGAGGAAGAAACACCGCAUGGACGCCAUAUGGGUGUCACGGAUGUCAUUAUGAUGAUUGUCCAACGGAUCAUUGGGUCUGGAAUUUUUGCCGUAUCUUCCAUGAUAUACAGGGAUGUUGGGGGUUCCCCAGCUUUGUUUUUCCUAGUAUGGCUUAUCUCAGGAUACUCGAGCUAUGCAGGACUUAUGUGCUUCUCCGAAUUGGGGUCAGUCAUCCCUAGAAGCGGUGGGUUGAAGGUUUUUCUUCCUAUAAUCUACGAAAAACCUUAUAUGAUGAUAAAUGUGGUGUUUGGGAUCUUCAUUGUUAUUUUUGGGUCUAUCAUUGCCAAUGUCAUGAUAUUUGGUGAGUAUUUACUUUAUGCUCUGGGCUAUCCAGAUGGUGAGUUUAUGGAUACCUACUAUAGACCCAUUGGCUUUGCAUUCUUGACCCUAGUGAGUAUCAUGUUGUUGAUAUCAACUAAAUUUGUGGUUAGACUACAGACAAUCACGGGUAUUCUGAAAAUCAUCCUAUUAUGUGCCGUUUCUUUGAUGGGGUUAACAGUAUUGAUUUUACCUUCUAGGGUGACGCAUAUACCUAACAAUUUACAUGCAAAGGAUUUCUUUUCUAUAAAAACUCAGGUCACUGUGGGUUCCUUCACCUCUGCCGUCAUGAAGGGGAUCUUCUCCUUCAAUGGCUGGCAUACCAUCCACAACGUUUUGGGUGAAAUUAAAGACCCUGUGAAAACAAUGAGAAUAGCAGCGCCGUUGUCUAUCUUUCUUAUCAAUCUAUGUUAUUUUCUAAUCAACAUAACAUAUCUAAUUGUUAUACCAUCUGACGAGCUACUGGAAAUAGACGAAAUGGUGGGACUUGUGUUGUUUGAAAAGUUUUUUGGCGAUUCAUUUGGCAAGAUCAUAUUGUCUGCAUUGAUUGCCUUCUCUGUUGGGGGCAAUAUCGUUACUGUUCUUUACCAUAUUUCCAGAAUCAACCAAGAAAUCUUUAGGGAGGGAUUCUUGCCAUUCAGUAAAAUGGGUGCAACAAAUUACCCCUUCAAAACUCCAAUCGGAUCAUUGUUGGUACCAUUUGUUAUAACUACAUCAUUUUUAUUAAUACCAACAUCGUCAAGUAUUUUCAAUUAUACAAUUAACAUGGAAAGUUACCCAACACAAAUAUUCUUUGGUCUUGCCUGUUUUGGUAUCAUUAUUCUAAGGAAACGGUCGCCAGAUAUUAUCCCAAGUAUCAAAGCUUCCUAUUUUGAUAUAGGUUUCAUGAUUAUUUUCUCCGUUGCUAUGUUCCUAGGUCCUUUGAUCAAGCCAGACCAAUCACAGUUUCCUGGACUACCAAACUACGCUUACACUUCAAUAGUUAUAUUACUAUUAUGCAUGUUGUACUGGCUACUCAUGUUUAAACUAGUUCCGAGAUUACUAAAUUAUCGUUUGGAAAAGCACGAGGAAACUCUUUAUGACGGCUUAACCAUCACUAAAUGGGAAAAAAUCAAAGAUGUUAAUUCCACCUAUGAACCGAUCUCAGAUGUGUGA